GAUCUCACGAGAUUUGCAAACGACGAGAUUUCAGCGGGGGAUGACGACCUCGCCAUAUUUGCCAUUUCCUGCUUACGUGAAACAGUCUCUUCUUUAAAAUUUCCACGUUUCUAAAGAAAACACGACAACCGAGGCUUCCAACCGCACACCUUCUAAUCGUCAAAGAUCCACGGAUGUGCGUUACGUCGUUCGUUACAGCUAGAUACUUUUCUGUAAGUUAAACUUGUUGGCAGAAAAUGAGGUGACGACGGCCGGGGCUUGACGUUCUGUCAGGUGGGAUUGUCGCCGUGAGUACGCAAGUGCUCUCACCCCCACAAAAGCAUCCAUUUUUCUCAGAAAUAUUUACUGGAAGAAAAGCAAUAUCCCUCCACAAUGCACCCACCAUCACUUCUGCUGCUGCUAGCUACAGUCCUGGUACUUCUAGUAUCUAGAGGUACCUCAGGUGCAGAAAAGCCCAAGUUGUACAGUAACCAAUGGGCAGUUGAUGUGGUAGGAGGAGAGGAAGAGGCCAGAAGACUAGCUUUAUCACAUGGAUUCACUUAUAAAGGAAAGAUUCUGAAUGAUGUCUACCUGCUCGAGCACAGAGCAGUUUUUAAAAGGUCGCUGAGACAAAACAUAGACAGGCACCAACGACUAAGGAGAGAGCCAACUGUGAGAUGGCUGGAGCAACAAGAAAUCAAGAGGAGAGUAAAAAGAGACUUCAGACAAAAGAGAACAAUAGAAUUUAGUGAUCCUGAGUGGUCAGCAAUGUGGUACUUGCAUAACCCCAAUAACCUGGACAUGAACGUGAUCCCAGCCUGGGAGAAGGGGUACACAGGACGGGGUGUGGUGGUCACUAUCCUGGACGAUGGCAUUGAGAGGGACCAUCCUGACCUGGAGGAGAACUAUGAUCCGAAUGCGAGUUAUGACGUGAAUGCGGAUGAUCCAGACCCUAUGCCAAGGUACAACCCAAGCAAUGAAAACAGACAUGGUACUCGCUGUGCAGGGGAGGUGUCUUCUGUAGCCAACAACGACGUGUGCGGCGUCGGCAUCGCCUACCACUCCCACAUCGGAGGGGUGAGGAUGUUGGACGGCGAUGUCACCGAUGCGGUGGAGGCCAGGUCUAUCGGGCUGUCACCGCAGCACAUCGAUGUGUACAGCGCCAGCUGGGGGCCAGACGAUGAUGGAAGAACGGUCGACGGUCCUGCGUCGAUGGCGAAGCAGGCUUUCAAAGAUGGUAUCGAAAAGGGGCGCGGUGGGAAGGGCUCCAUCUUCGUGUGGGCCUCGGGAAACGGUGGGCGGGACGAGGACAGCUGUAACUGUGAUGGCUACACCAACAGCAUCUACACCAUGUCCGUCAGCAGCGCCUCCGAGAGGGGCAACAUCCCCUGGUACCUGGAGAAGUGCUCCUCCACACUGGCUACCACCUACAGUAGCGGGUCCGGCGCAGAGAGACAGAUAGUGAGUACAGAUCUGAGACAUCGCUGCACAGAGUCUCACACAGGCACGUCAGCCUCUGCACCACUCGCAGCAGCCAUCGUAGCUCUGACACUGGAGGCUAAUCCCAACCUAACCUGGCGUGACUUACAACACAUCGUGGUGAGAACUGCCCGGCCAGACAACCUGCAUGCUGAUGACUUUGUGACCAAUGCUGCCGGAUACAAAGUGAGCCAUGCUUUUGGGUUUGGUCUGAUGGAUGCAGGAGCCAUGGUGGACCUGGCUGAGAGGUGGCAGAACGUCCCCCCACAGAGGGUCUGCUCUGUGCCUGGCAUGCACAGGCCAACUUCCAUCCCUGCCUCCAACCGCCUGGUGCUCCACAAGACAACUGACGGGUGUAAGAACACGAACACGGAGGUGACGCGGCUGGAACACGUGCAGGCCAGACUCACCAUCACGGCCAUGCGGCGCGGAGAGCUCCAGAUCUACCUAACCUCGCCCUCCGGUACCAGGUCUACACUGCUGGAUCACAGGUCCCGGGACGACUCCACUAGUGGCUUCAACGAAUGGGACUUCAUGACAACUCACACGUGGGAUGAGAACCCUGAGGGCACGUGGACACUAGAGAUCAACAACAUGGAUAGGCAUGCAGGCAUGUUGAAGGAGUGGACCCUGAUCAUGCGGGGGACAUCAGAGAGCCAGGGCAGCCCGUCCAACCCCCACACACCCCACCCUCAGCUCUGCACACAGACCGACAGCAAUGGCGUCUGUAUAGAGGGCUCGACGCACCAAGUCCCCCUAGCCACACCCUCGGCCUCUACCACUAUAAAGCAGGAAAGCACGUCUACAUCACGUGCCACUUCUACAGCCAUUAAAACAGAGCGGAAGACCACUGCUAUGAAAACAGAGGCUAUUACUCCGAACCCCAGCACUGCAACUUUGGAACCCUCUACCCACCAAGCCCCCACAUCCACACCCUCGGCCUCUACCACAAUAAAGCAGGAAAGCACGUCUACUGUCGCUUCCACGGCUGUUAAAACGGAGAGGAAAUCCACUGCUGAGAAAACCGAGGCAGUCCCCACCCCGGGCAAGGCAACUCUGGAAUGCAAGGAACCAAACUACCUCUUGGACGACAUGUGCGUGAAAACCUGCCCCAAUAGGUACUACCCAUCAGACUCCAGCGACCAAUCACAGAAAAGGACUUGCGAGUCAUGUGACAAGACCUGUCUGACCUGCUCUGGUGCACAGCCCUAUCAGUGCCUUACCUGCGCCCCUCUCACCCACCUGUAUAACAGCACCUGUUACCCCACCAGGCAUCUUCCUCUCGACCAAGGGCCUUACCUUUUCUAUGUGGCUGCUGUGUUCUUCUGCGUCCUAGCUGUCGUUCUCUUCUUUGUGAUCUUCGGUGUCUUGCACAUGAGGACCAACAGUCAGUGCUGCUUUAAGGAGGAGGUGCAGUAUGUGGACUUGAACGGGCUCGGGCAGAAAGAUCGCAACGGCCUGAUCACCGAGGGAGAGAUGUUCCUCAGCAGCGACGAAGAAGACUUGUACAGUCGAGACUGAGGAAGGAGCAACCCUGAAACUGUUGUGGCUGCUUAUGUCAAGGAUUUAUGUGAAAUUAUCACUGACACAAGCAGGAAAAUCUUAUGAAAUUACAAACAAUGGAUCAUUCUGUCUGUAUUUAUAAAUGGGUUCCCUUGUAUUUUAGGACAAGUGAUGAAAUUAUGGAUAUUUAUAUGUAAAUAUCUGGUACCACGUUGUUUGGGGGUGGGAAUGGAAGUGAUGCAGCUAUGCGUGACAUAGAAGAAUAUGAAGCAUAUUUUCUGUCCUGAACUGUGAUUGUGCCUUUGUUUCUACACAUUUCAUUGAUUGAAAUCAGCUUAUGUCAUAACUUUAAAAUGUUUUUGCGAGAUUCUAUAGAGCUGUGUGGAUAGAAAGAAUCAGAUAGCUACUCUUACCUAUACCAAGACAAAAGGGAAGUGUCCUUGUUUUAUUAAGCCUGAUGAACAAAUGUAGGUAUACCUGGAAAACUAUAGAAUAUGUUGUGCAAUAUCUUCAAUAGCACCAAUACUGCAUUAUACACAAAAUAGUCAUUUUGUAAGGAAGGAAUACAAUAACAGGGAAGUUAGAGCAGAAUGUGAAUGCAAUUUGGUUAAAUCAGACAUGAACUGAACUAAACUGAACUGAACAGACAUAGCUCUCAAUAGAAUUGUAUGCCAGAAAUCUAUUAGGGGGCUUUUGAACAAAUGGCGUGUCCAAAAAAAUUGUGCAGCUCAACUUCAUUACUUGAGAACAAUCAGAUGAUUUUUAGGGUUCCCUCUAAGUCUAAGUUAACGACGUGGUCACGUUUGCCGUAUGAUUUUGUUGCCCUUGAAUUUUGAGGAGGCCAAGACAGAACCAACAAGGAUCUUAGACAGUUCAAUUUUGUACGAUACCUGCACGACUGUGCUGAGAAUUCAAUCGUGCGAUGAUCGUACGACGAAUAUGACCAGGUCCUUAGUCAUUACAAGAUAAAAGUAUGCUUAUGAUUGUAUAAGUCUGCCAUACUCAGUUUCCCUGACCCUAUAUUAGGACAUGGGUGCUUUUGCAUAGUUGUUAAUGGUGUUGUGAAGGAAGAUACAGCACAAGUCCUUGUGACCAAAUAGAUACCUUCAGAGAAGGCAUACAAUAAGAUGGUAAUGGCUGUACAAAUCCAGUUGCUUGUAACUUGGUCCAUGAGGAGUAAGUAAGAGAAAGGGGUCGGUGGGUGGUACCUAUAUGAGGUAGAUAAAUAUAUCAGGUUGUUAGUGAUACAUGUUUUGUGUAAGAAACGGUUUAUCAGAGAGAGUUAAGGUCUUGUAUUUUCUAUUGCAUGAAUAUGGAGUUUCGAAGCUCCCAAAUCGACAAAAUUUUUGGCCCUUCGUGUAUGAUUGUUAAAAAAAGUUACAUCCAAAGAUGCGAGAUUAGUAUAUGCUGUUAUAUCAUGGUGGAAAAUUUGUGAGAGAAGGGAAAGUUAUUAUAUAGAUGGAGUGGUAGUACUGUAGACAUAUAUUGUACAGGUACAAAAGACUGUAGCUCUGCCAUAGAGUAGGAGGGAACCUGUACCAAUGCUGUAGAUAGCAAAAUGAAUGGAGACAAUUCCAUUUUGUACCAAAGAAUUGGAUUAUUUUUGAUAAAAGAUCCAUGGUGCAGUCUUUGAUCUUGUACUGUUACGUUAUAGCUUGUAUGCUUCAGUGAUGCUUGUAAAUAUACAGGACUAAUAAAAUCCCUGAGACGUAGACGAGCAUGUUUCCACUUACAUAGAGGCAGGGCUGUCUCCAGCACCCGUCCCUCCAUCUUGGGGUGGAAGUCUUCUUGUUCAGAUAGAAAAAAUUCACUCCAUCGAGACAUAACAUUUCAACUUUAUGACAUAUAUUUUUUUUUUUGUAAAUUCUACUUGAAUCAAAUUUUCUCUUUUCCUAGGCAAUGCCCAAAAAAAUAGUCAUGAAAGUUAAGGCCUGUAAUUCACAUGCCACCCCCAUACACACACAAACACACACAACAAUGAGUGGGACGGACACAUAAAGAGCUGGAGACAGUCCUGCUAGUGGUGCCAACAGUGAUGCUCAUUCCUAUGGAGUGAAUUGCUGACGAAUCUUGACUGAUUUUUACUUCAUAAAACUCAAAAAGCUAAGGUUGUGUCUAAGGCUAGAAACAGAUUUUAUUGUUGAGUGCAGGUCCUGUAAUCCUUUCAUUGCAGGGGUAACGCUAGUUUACCUUUGUCCGCCGGGUAACCUAUAUCCGUUAUUUUUAAAAACAGCAUCAUUUUUUUCAGGAAGAGGGUGCACAGUGGUUUCAGAUUGUAAUGUUCAAAUAUUGUAGUUUGCAACCACCGCUUGUUGACUUCAUAUAACUAAAUAUGCUGGGUUUUUUUAAGACAACAGAUAUAGGUUACUCAACGGAUAAAGGUGAACUACCAUUACAUACCACAGUUUCAAUAUUUGUAGAUAUUAAAUCCCUCUGACAAUAUCCUUACGGUCUUUCUGAUUGAAUCCACUUUUAUGGCCAUUGCGGUUGUGAGUUCAGCCCGAGCUUAUGCCAUAACCUAAGGCCUAAGAAAAAUAAAUGUUGUGUUUCAAUCAUGGUAAGAAGUAAAAGUAGGGUCAAAUAUUCUUGUCCCUUUCCAAUGUUUGACCAAAGUAAGGUAAGGCCGGUAGAUCUUUACUAGGAUCGGCCUUCUUACUUACUAGAAACACAACAUUUUUUCGACCUAGGCCUAAUUAUAAAAUGUACAGACGUUUCCAAAGAUGGGUCUAGAGGGGCAAAAGUUUCUAUUUCUGAGAAUGAUUUGUAAACAGAUAUGCACCUCUCUCUGCAUUUUGGUUAAUUGUAGCAUUGGUAAGUACAGCUGGAGGUCAGUAUUACAUGUCAGUUGGUUUAGUCUCUAUGGUGUAAAAGCAAAUGCUGUAAAAUCAGCUGUGGUGGGAAAUGAGGUGUAAAAAAUAUUGUAUUUCCCAUAGAAAUGAAUAAUGCACGUACGUAUACUUUUUAUUUUACCGUUCAUACUGAGGAGCGAACAUACUGGACACUUUUGGUUGUGGCAUGUCAUUAUAGCUUUCUUAACAAAAAUUAUUCUUUUUGAGGAGAUGUAGAACUAUAGGCAGUGUUGCCUGCUUGCAUCAUCUGUUUUUCUUUAGACUUUAUUUUUAUUUAAAUUGUUACUUUAGCAAUUGUUGCUUCUCACUGCUAACCAAGGUUUAACCAUACUUCAUUGUGAUUUACCUUAUCAUUGUUAUUGUUUAUUCUGGAUAAAUAUGCAAGGGUUAUGUCAUUCUGAUGAUGUUACAUUUUAUUUUAUUUGCCUAUUUUUUAAAAAUGAUAUGAUUUUUUUCUUGACGUUGUCAGGGAGUGCACUAUCUGUGUGUCAACAGCAUAAUUCAUGGAUAUGUCAUUUUAACUAUGCAUGAUGUACACAUUUGUGAAGACCCCAAGUCAUGUAGUAUCACUGAUUUCCACUAUGGAGACUAUAAUCGCUGAGAGACUGAUACACGACCAAAUAUUUGAGGACUUCUCGGCGAGUUUCAUAGAAAUUUUUUUUACCUUUUGAGUGGUUCGUUCAUUGUGUUUAAGUCCUAUUACUUCAUGUAUUAUCUUCCAAUUAUAAAGUUAAGGGUAACGUAAAUCAAAUUUUGGUCGGUGAUCAUCUCUCGGUGAUAUGUGUCUAAUGGAAAGGGGCCUAAGAGAAGUCGUAUGAUGUCUUACAUUUGAUCAUACACAAGGCCAUUUCAUAUCUAGUUUAACUAUUCUCAAGCUGAAUGUUUCAUUUUUAUUUCUAGUGUAGAUUGCAAGCACUCUGUUGGCAAUAAAGAAUUCUUUCUGUUCGUCAGA